AUGCAGUACCUUAUGGGAUGCAGUACCUUAUGGGAUGCAGUACUUUAUGGGAUGCAGUACUUUAUGGGAUGCAGUACCUUAUGGGAUGCAGUACCUUAUGGGAUGCAGUACCUUAUGGGAUGCAGUUUCUUAUGGGAUGCAGUACCUUAUGGGAUGCAGUACCUUAUGGGAUGCAGUACCUUAUGGGAUGCAGUACUUUAUGGGAUGCAGUACCUUAUGGGAUGCAGUACCUUAUGGGAUGCAGUACCUUAUGGGAUGCAGUACCUUAUGGGAUGCAGUACCUUAUGGGAUGCAGUACCUUAUGGGAUGCAGUACUUUAUGGGAUGCAGUACCUUAUGGGAUGCAGUACCUUAUGGGAUGCAGUACCUUAUGGGAUGCAGUACCCUAUGGAAUGCAGUACCUUAUGGGAUGCAGUACCUUAUCGGAUGCAGUACCUUAUGGGAUGCAGUACCUUUCUACGUAAACGUCUCAGAUUGCGUCGGAUGUAUGAAGAGUGUGGCUAAAGUGAAGCUGCGAGACUCUGGUUACAUCGAUGGAUGGGAGAAAAGUAAGUAC